AGACCCCUAACCGUCCCGUUCCCGUUCAAGAUCGGAUCUUAUCUCCCUUCAACAAGUAAGGGAAUUCAACGUCAUCAUCUCGCUGCCCCCACCACCUGGAGCCCUCCAUCCACCUCGAGUUCCAUCCCACUCAUUGUGACUCGCUGCGACGUUCCUCUCUACGUUGUCAGGCGAGCAAGUGACCACGCGACUCGAACUUCACAAGCUCAAGUGCUUGAUGAUUCGGGCUAUACAGGAACUACCUAUCCAACGCGUACGCAUACGCUCCCUGAGCGGCUCAACAGUCCUGAGCUGCAGCUAUAUUUGAUGACCUGCCACUGUCCAAAGCGACGUCUAUUGUUUUACGUACGCCACCUGCUCAAGGCUCCCCCACGACGACCUGUAACGAACAACGUUGAUACGCAGACAUUAUGGAACGCGUUCGCAAAGCAUUAGGCCGUCAACACUCAUCCACAUCAACAUCAGAAUACGAGCCCCUGACCGGUACUGAGGAAGCCACUCCUCUAGAAGGCUCAACAGUACUCGAGGGCCAACAUGAGUUGCCGUUCUCGUGGAUAGAAUAUGGUAUCUUUGCCCUCCUGGGUGUCGCUAUGCUCUGGGCCUGGAAUAUGUUCCUUGCUGCAGCUCCAUACUUCACAGCUCGCUUUGCCGGCGAUGCUUGGAUUCAGUCUCACUUUCAGUCUGCGAUAUUGACCGUCUCUACUGUUACCAACCUCGGCGCAAUGCUUGUUCUCACUAGUAUACAGUACUCAGCAUCGUACCCUUUUCGAAUCAACCUGGCACUUGUUAUCAAUGUUUUCACUUUCGGUCUCUUGACUGCAUCUACCGUCUUCGGACUAAGCGCUUCCCCAACUCUAUAUCUCGUGUUUCUGCUUGCUACAGUCGCGGCUGCUGCCUGGGCAGCUGGUCUCAUUCAGAAUGGAGCAUUUGCUUUCGCAGCCAGUUUCGGACGCCCAGAAUAUAUGCAAGCCAUCAUGGCUGGACAGGGUAUUGCCGGCGUCCUGCCCCCUAUCGCGCAAGUUUUUACUGUGCUUGCCUUCCCCCCCGAGAAGGACCAGAACACUUCUAUCAAAGAGCCAUCCCCUGAGGAUGGACAGACAUCAGCUUUCGUCUAUUUCCUCACCGCCGUAGUCGUGUCAGUUGCUGCUCUGCUGUCCUUCGUCCCGCUGGUUCGCCGCCAUAACCAUAUCAUCGAGAAUCGCAUGGUUGAGCAAAUGAACGAGUCCAUGCACAGCAUUGAAGAGGCCGAACGUGCCGCUCGCAAGGUCACAUCGCUUUGGAGGCUCUUCACUAAACUUCACUGGCUUGCUAUUGGUGUUGCCCUCACUUUCAUUGCAACAAUGUUCAUGCCCGUUUUCACUGCCAAGAUCCAUUCCGUGAAAGAAAACUCCGGUGCUCUCUACCAGCCUUCCGCCUUUAUUCCUCUUGGGUUCUUCUUUUGGAAUUUGGGUGACUUGAGUGGUCGGGUGGCCACGAUAUUACCUUUCACCCUACGGCACCGCCCCUUUGCUCUCUUUGUUCUCUCUAUUGUCCGUUUUGGUAUACUCCCGCUAUAUUUACUCUGUAAUAUUGACGGACGGGGGGCCAUUAUUUCCAGCGAUUUCUUUUAUCUCUUCAUUGUCCAGUUGAUAUUUGGUCUCACCAACGGCUGGCUUGGUUCUAGUUUCAUGAUGGCAUCGGGCGAGUGGGUAGAUGAAGGUGAGCGUGAAGCUGCUGGCGGCUUCAUGGGGUUGUGUCUUGUGGCUGGAUUGUCCAUUGGCAGCCUUUUGAGUUUCAGCGCAGCUGGUGUCUAAAACGGGCUACACAAUAUUACGUUAGAAUUGGGGUUUGGCGUUCGAGUUAUGAGCCGUAAUUGAGAAAUGAUAGAUGUCGAAUGUUGUUCUUCCUAUAUCUGGGUAUCGGAUGCAGCCAAUCAUAAAUAUACGCCAUAUAUCAAACCGGAAACCGUACCCUUCCUUACAACAACCUUGUA